CCUAGCUUGCGCAACGACAAUGUUGUAGAAAGGGGCUUUGCGCCGCCCGAAGCGGGCUAAUCUGAUUUUGACUACCAUUGGGGCGUGUGUUCUGGUGGGAGGACUGGAGGAUGAUUAUCGCUGGAGUACGAGUAGUAGGUACCUAUCUUGACUUUUUGGAGUCGGUGCUGGUGGGUCCCGCUCCGCUGCGAUCCCCAUUCCCGCUCCACCCCGCUCAUGGUGAUGUCAAACGUGACAACCACGACCAGAUGAUCUUCGACUCUGAACCGAUGAUUAUUCAACGAUGAAUUAAAGCAAGUUAGGAAACAGUCCCUUUUUUUGCUUGACUUUGUACUUUUCGGUAUCCUGGUAAACCGUGAUAGUUUCAAAUUCGUGUUACAAGAAAUCCUCGAAACCUCCCUAACGCCUCUAGAAGACCCUCUCAGCAAAGAAUGCUGCUGCGUUGGACAAGGAUCUCAUGAGCAUUGGAGCCUUCUCUAUCGACCAACUCAUGGAACUGGCUGGGCUAUCGGUUUCUCAAGCCAUCUAUCGAGUUCAUCCUCCCAGCAGAGGACGGAGGGUAUUGAUUGCUUGUGGUCCCGGGAACAAUGGAGGUGAUGGUUUGGUCGCAGCAAGACACCUCUGGCAUUAUGGAUAUAAACCUACAGUUUACUAUCCCAAGCAGAGCAAGAAUGAACUCUACCAGCGCCUCUCUACCCAACUCAAGAACCUCAACAUCCCUUUCACGGAAGAUUUCUCUACGGCACUAGGAGACUCAGACCAUGUAGUAGACGCUAUAUUCGGCUUUUCCUUCGCAGGCCAAGUCCGCGAGCCCUUCCCCGCCGUCAUUGAAGCUUUGCAGCGCACGUCACUUCCCGUCACAUCGGUCGACGCUCCUUCGUCGUGGGAUAUUGAGGAUGGGCCGCCAGCUUCAGGACCCGGGUCAAGUUUCAACCCAACGGUGUUGGUCAGCUUGACAGCGCCCAAGCCACUGGUGAAGUAUUUUAAGGGCAGGCACUUUGUUGGCGGGAGAUUUGUGAGUCCAGAUAUUCAGAAGAAAUAUAAUUUGGAACUGCCCGAGUAUGAGGGUAUUGAUCAGGUUGUGGAGGUGGGAAGCGAUGGUCAGAAAUUGUAA